GUAGCAAACAUGAUGGGUACAGUGAAUGGAGGAAGAUGUUCACGGUUAAAAAUGGCUAGUUUUCACUAGCUGCGGCACAAAUAUGAACAUUUUACCUCGCUGAAAGUAAACACCGGAUAACCUGUUCGUGUAACAUUUUUAGUCAUGUCGUUCCCCCAGCCCAGACCUCAGGCUCCUCAGCUUCCCCAGCAUCUCCUCAGGACUAUCGAGUGUCGACAAGGAGCUGUCAGAGCUGUCCGCUUUAAUGCUGAUGGGAACUAUCUGCUGUCGUGCGGCAGUGACAAAUCUCUAAAACUGUGGAGUGUGAGUCGAGGGACCCUGCUGAAGACAUACAGCGGCCAUGGAUACGAGGUCCUGGAUGCUGACGCUUCUUAUGACAACAGUCAGAUCUGCUCCUGCAGCUCUGACAAGACCGUGAUCCUGUGGGACGUCGCUAGUGGCCAGGUCACACGGAAACUCAGAGGGCAUGCCGGGAAAGUCAACUGUGUCCAGUUCAAUGAGGAAGCAACUGUAAUGUUGUCUGGGUCCAUAGAUGGGACAGUCAGGUGCUGGGACACCAGGUCCAGAAAAUAUGAGCCUAUACAGAUCUUAGAUGAGGCUCGGGAUGGCAUCAGCAGCUUGAAAGUUGUUCAGCAUGAGCUGCUAACGGGGUCGGUGGAUGGCAGAGUGCGGCGUUAUGACCUGAGGAUGGGACAGCUCCAUGUUGACUUUAUCGACAGUCCGAUCACAUGCGUGUGCUUCAGUCGGGACGGUCAGUGCACCCUGAGCUCCAGCCUGGAUUCAACCGUCAGACUACUCGACAAGAGCACUGGAGAAAUGCUGGGAGAGUAUAAAGGUCACACAAUGAAGGGCUACAAGCUGGACUGCUGCCUGUCCAGUAAAGACACUCACGUCCUGAGCUGCUCAGAAGACGGACACAUCUACUGCUGGGAUCUGGUGGAGGGGUCUCUGUCCUUGAAACUCCCUGUUGGGAAAGCCGUCGUCCAAUCGUUGUCCUUCCAUCCCACGGAGACCCGCCUCCUCACAGCCAUGGAGGGCCGUGUUCAGGUGUGGGGGGCAGAGCCAGAGGAGACCGAGGCGGAUGCAGCAGCCACAUAGAGACGGGGAAAUCAGUCUGGAGCUACACUUUGAAACUGGGGGCUGUGAUUUUUAUUUUUCAGUCUCCACCCUGAGCAGCUAAACCUGAACCAGAACUCUGAAGACUCGUUAGCUGCACAGCACAGAUGUGCUGGAAACAUGGAGUCUGUGUUGCCUUGGGAAUGGCUGUGAGGGACUUUAAGUUUGGAUGGAAGUGAUCAGCACAGAUGCAAAGCAGAUAUUCAUGUUUGCAAAGAUACAGCGAUAUCAAGAACAAAAAAACAUGUUGAACUUUAGGAUUACACAAGUGUAGGCUCUGCAAGACUACCUAAUCUAAGUCCAGAACUAAGUCAUAAUUUAUGGAUUUUUGUAGAAGUGCACAGAACAUAGUUGUGUACAAAAACCUAAAAUAAAUUUCCAUUUGUAAAAAAACACCUCUUUCAGUUUCCAGUUCAGUUCAUGAUGUUUUUUUAUUGGCAUGAUUAGUUACAACUGUCCAUGCAAAAGCAAAACAUAAGUAUUUUACAAUUAUGCUAAAACUUAAUACUUACAUUUACAAAUAAAACAUAGAAAUGUUGAUAGAUACUAAGACUGCAUAAAAUUGAUUAGAAUAACAUUACAUCUAAUGACAGCCUUCAUCAAACUAACAAUCUGUUUGUCUCCUGUGGUGAAAAUCAGUUCUAAAUUGUGUGUCUAAGCCUAGACUGAAGAUAAACAAGUCCUUCAAAAUAAGAACAUAAUGAACAUCUUUAGGAGUCCUACAUCCAGUCCUGCAAUCAUUUGGUGCUGCAGAUAUUCUGUUGUCUUUGGUGCAUCGGUGAGACACCACUCUUAGUUAAUUUUCUUGAUCGAGACAACAGCAGAAAAAACAAUCUGAUGCAGGGAGGAUGUUGUAAAAGAGAGGGCGCUCUCCUGCCCAGCAGUGGGGACAGCUUCUCCUUCCAUCAAUACAAAAUGCAAAAAAAAAGUCUUGGACUUGAACUGAAAUCACAUUGUUGAUUCAGGGGUGAUUCUGAUUGCUCCUCUUCUGCAGUGCUAAAGUCACCUGCUGGUCAUUAGCCUUGCCUUGCCCCCCUGGUCAUGACGCUGCAUGGCCCACUUUGGGAACCACUGUGCUAGCUCAAGAAGCUCUCUUUGACAGUUUCAUACAGAGGGCAGCUUUCUCUCAUCUGACCAGUGGUUCCAGAAGUAGAUUAGAGGUCUUUUAGAGUAGUGGUUCUUAACUCUUCUAGCCUCAGGACCCACCAGUUUCUCUUACAACAAAUCCUGACCCAAAUUUCCAAAAAAAAAAGAAGAAGUCAAGAACACAUGUUUAGGUAGUCAAAUGUUUUGCAGUUUACAAAUUUCAUGAUAUGUGAAAUAGAAGGGACAAAACUGAAAAGUCUACACCCUCUUUUCCCAUCAUUAUGUGUAGAUUUUUGGCAGUUUGCAGAGAUCUUGAUAAACUACUUUAUUAUCAUGGGAACUGAGCUUUAUUCAUUGCAAAAAAAGAAGAAAAAUUAGUUGGAAUACUGAUCAAACAUUUGAAUUUAACCAAUUUCACAGAAAAACAGGGUAACAUAGAAGGUAUGGAUGCAUGUCCACUGAGGACUUCAGGACUUUUUGUCUCCAUUUUUUUACAGAGACCUAUUCCUGACCCACUUUUGGGUCCUGACCCACCAGUUGAGAACUACUGCUUUAGUGG